AUGACCCCUUUAGUAAUGCUUCUGCUUGUAUGGAAAUCGUUUAUACUUACAUCAUGGCCAGGGAAAUUUGGUGUUUUCUUUUUUUGUUUCUCUUCUAUCAAACGUUCUUAUACCUUAUGCCCACCUUCAAAGUUGCCUGGCGCCUUGUCUCUUCUGCCUCCCAACUCGCUAAUGCUUUCUGCUUUGCCUUUUUUUUUUUUUUUUUCUUUUCCUCUCUUAUCUUCUUUUACAUGCACUUUUCUUCUCUUCUUGAUACCACUUUAUUGCACCUUGUUAUUCCUCAAAGACCCUUAUUUACCCGUUCUAUCCCGUCUUUCCAUGAUUCUAUCUAACGUAUAA